AUGUCGUCUAAAGGCAGUGGUGGUGCCCCGCCCAAGUACCUCAACGACUUCAGCAAGGCACUCGCGGGCGAGGUCCGCAUCCUGCUGCAGGAAGUUGGCAAGCUGCGAGAUGAGCGAAGAGCGCUGCAGUACGAAAUCGCGGAACUCAUGGCCCUCAAAUCUAAGCAUGGCGCAGGCGGAGAAUACACUCCGGAUUGGAAGCCAACGCACGAUGAGCCCGCCCCUCCGCCUUCGCCCGGACCUCCGCCGCCGCCAGCUAGCGUCGUCGGCGAUGCGCCUGCCCGUCCAGCCUGGCGUGUUGUAAACAAACGGGAAGAACGCCGACAGAAGGCGAAGGCAAAGGCGCUUCCGCCACCCGAGCCCAUCCCCCAGCCGGAGCCCACGCGCGCGCCCAACUUGCCCGCAUGGGCGCAGUGGAGACGUCCGCCGACCCCGCCUCCAAAGUAG